AUGGCAUUGCUCAAAACCGCGAAGAAAAACGGCAGCAAAAGUGCCGUUGCCUAUCUCACCGCAAUUGAACGACCCGCCACGCAGUAUUCAAAGGUGCCAGGCGAGUACCAACAGGACCUUGACCGCGUCUUGUCAUCAAAUGGCUCGAUUGCAGUGACCGUCGAGAAUCAGGCAUUCCUCGGGGGCCUGGGCUCGGGCAUGCUAAAGCAGUGUGGCGUUCCGCAAAAUGGCGCGCUACGCGCUGAAAUGCAGAAAUUCGUCCUGACCAUCGUCAACGGAUCCAUAAUGGGGUCGAACUACUCAGACAGAAACCUCGGAAAGGUGUGGGGCAGUGCGGCCAGACAGCAGGCCAAUCUUGCCAGUGGCAUCCAUGUUGGCCGCCAGAUCCCGUGUAAAACCGCCGCUGCGGUCUCUGUCAGGCUCAUCAAAGCACUUAAGGCAUCCACCAGAGGCGCUGAUGGUGGUUUAUCUCCCUUCGUCCACUCCUGCAGUCCGAAAUUCGAUCAACGCCGUUGUCAAUGCUUGGCCGAUAACGGGCGGGCAGUCAUGCCCGACAUUCACCAGCAAUUUUAUCGCCGGGAUCUAAUCAAAUCCAUCAUUAAUCGCAAUCCCCUCAUUGGUCUUCAGAUCGCCAUGGCCUGCCAGAUUAGCAACUACUGA